AUGGAGGAGGUGCUGGCGUCUGUUGCUGAGACGAUAAAGAACUUUGCUAUGAUCUAUCUGGUGGACAUAACUGAGGUUCCAGAUUUUAACACCAUGUACGAGCUUUAUGAUCCUUCAACGGUCAUGUUCUUCUUUAGGAACAAGCAUAUUAUGAUCGAUUUUGGAACUGGUAACAACAACAAAAUCAAUAGGGCUAAAGGACAAGGAGGAGUUCAUUGA